AUGGCCAGCGGACCCGACGCCUUUGUUGACUGUGACGAAGAGCAAGAUGGUGAGGUUGAGAACAAGCGGCCCCGCGCGACGGACGCCGACCUCGAGGACCUCAGGCAGCAUGUGGACAAUACCAAGGCCGAAGUCAAGCGCUCGCUCGCCGCGGUCCUGGCGGGCCUCGCUUCUGUCGGCAAUUCUUUCACCAGCCACUGCCAAACCCUCGACCUGCAGAUGGAAAGAAGAUUGAAUCAAAUCAAUGAAGAGAUCCGUGUGCAGAACACAAAGAUCACGGCACUCCAAGAAGAUGUACGUGACCUUCGGCAACUACUGGGUGCAGUUCGUGCUGAGAAGCCAGAAGUCACAGCUGCCGCGGCUGGUGGCAAUGGAGGCUUCGAGAGGAAGACCGACAGCACGAUCGUCACAUUGCGCACUAAGGAUGCCGUCCCCAAGCAGAGCGCUCUCGUUGGUUUCCAGCCUGUCCUGGAGACGGCCAACAUCCCGACCGAAGACGUGGACAUCGAAGGCGACCCUCUUUCGAAGAAGUUCCAGAUACGAUUCAAAGGUGCCGCAGGGUAUGCCACAAGAAGGGUCAACCAAACGUUGUCUGCCAUGCGCGCGCUGGGACCUCAAGGCGGCUGGAGGCAGCUCACGGCCAAGACGGCGACGAAUGGCGACGCGCCGACGUAUGUCAGCAGCGACAAGAACGCGUUCCAGAUCCAGCAUGAGAUCGGGCUCAAACGUCUCCGCGGUGGUCUCGAGGAGCUCUGCCUGGCAGGCGAUUCUAUAUGGAUAAAGUCAAAGGCGAGAUGCCUCAAUUGGGAAGUACUCGUUCGUCUCACCCCGAAGCCUGGUCAGUCCGAGCCCCCGCUGCUGGAGUGGGCCAAGAACCACAUCGAGGCCGCCGGCCUGGACAAGGCGCAGAUGGCCGCGAAGUGCGAGUCGCUUUUCUCGCAGGCCGCUGCGCCUGAGUGGUGUCUUUAG